GUCACAUUAGGCAUUAGUAGCGGUGCUGGCUGGCGGGCCCUAGGCGACUGUUCAGUAACGCUGUCGCAACCACAUCUUCGGCUUUGCACCUCUGCACCUUUACUCUCCGCUUGUUCCCUCAUCAGCCACCUUUCACAAUGCCCUCACUGACGACUAGCAGCAGCGCACGCAUGACUGCGCAGCCGGCCCGCGGUGCCUUUGGUACGCAAGCGCCCGCGCGCUGUGCCCUCGUCGUCGCGGCCUCCGCCCGGCCCUCUCCGGUGCACGCGCCCGAGCAGCAGCCAUCCACCGCCUCCCAGACCUCUGCCAGCUCCCGCCGUGAGCUGCUGACAGCCGUGGCACUGACCGCCGCGGCCGCGCCGGUGGGCCUGCUGCGGCCGGCCCCGGCGGGUGCCAAGGGCGCGGCGCCCGUUGACCCCGGCGACUGGAGCAGCCCUGGACUGGGUGCGCCCGUGGACCCCAACGCCCCCAAGUUUGUGAAGCUGCCCUCGGGCGUGCGCUACCAGGAGCUCAACAUUGGCUCCGGCCCCGCCGCUAGCAGCGGCGAUGUGGUUCUGUUCGACUAUGUGUUGCGGCGGAGCAACGGAUACUUCAUCUACGGCACGGUUGAGGGCAUUUCCUUCCAGCCCAGGGACGUGCCCACCGCCCCCGUGAACGCCAAGCUGGGCGCCGGCGAGCUCAUCCCGGGCCUGGAGGAGGUGCUGGCGGGCAUGUCCCCCGGCUCCAAGCGCCGCGCACUGGUGCCGCCCGAGCUGGGCUACGUAGGCGGCGGCGAGGGGCCGCAGCCGCCCACCUUCGCCACCAAGCGCCAGCUGGAGACACACCGCAGGGAGCCGCUGCUGUUCGAGGUCCAGAUGCUGCGCGUGGGCGGCCGCAAGUAGGGGUUCCGGUGGUGGCGGACCGGCGGCGAACACCAGCAGCACGGUAGCAGCAGCGAUUACUUGUUACAUGAGCUCAACCAGGCUGCGCUCGGAAAGAACUGCCAUGCAAGAUUGCAAGGGCUAUAGACUGUUCGGAUUUUGACGAAUGACACGGGGACUGUGGGUAAUGAAAGUGUGGCGUGCGGCUCGGGUACGUGUUGAAGGCAUGCCCGGAGAACGGGACUAGGUUGCCGGGUGGUGAUGGUGCGCACGGCGAGGUGUGGUGCAGAGGGCUGCUUUGGUGGCGGGUGCGGGCAAACGACUGCCGUUGGUGUGAUUGGACAGUCAAGUUGCCUUGGGGUUACGAGAACCAAACCCGAAGGAGGGGAAUGCCAGUAUUUCACUGCAUGUGUAAACUGUAUUGGAUUACAGGUGGCGACGCUGACUGCGAUGUUGACUUGUCCCAC